AUGAAUUUUCUAUUUUCAGAUAAUCUUAUGAUGGCCUCAAUUGAUGAUGGAACAUCAUUACCAACAAAUGCGCUUGUUUUACCAAAUAUUUUCUAUCCUGUAAUUGAACAAAUGAAUAAAUCAGGUUAUAAAGAUAUACAAUCUGAUUUACGUACAACAUUAUUUAAAUUAGAAGAAAUUUAUCCAGGUUUUUCUUGUAAUUUUAUUCAAUCAUUUUUAAAUCGAGAUAUAUCAUCAUUAUCAAAAACAACAAAUAUGAAUGAAUUAACACUUAAACUUGAAAAAUAUUGUGAUAAAACACCUUAUUUUAUAUCAUCAUUACAUAAUGAACAAAUUUUUUAUGAAUUAAAUAUACGUUCAAAAAAUCUUAAACGUAUAUUAAGUCGUAUACCAGAUGAUAUUAAUGAAAAACGUGAAUUUCUUGAAACAAUUAAAGAAAUUGCAAGUGCUAUUAAAAAAACACUUGAUAGUGUUACAAAUAUUUUACAAUAUAUUAAAACAAAUGAUGGACGACAAGCAUUAGAAAAUGAAAAAAAAGAAUUUAUUAAAUAUAGUAAAAAUUUUAGUAAUACAUUAAAAGCUUAUUUUCGUGAUAGUAAACGUGAUGAUGUUUAUAUAGCAGCAAAUUAUUUACUUAUACAAAUUGAUUAUCUUUUACGUACAAUUAAACUUUAUUGUGAAAUUGAUACAUUAGAUGAAUGUUUAUAUCCAUUAUUAUCUCAACAUCAAAAUCAAAUUAAAAUGAUGUUAUCAUCACGUUAUUCAUCAAAUAAUCAACAGAGACAAUCAUCUAAUUCAUCAAAUAUUCGACCAUCAUCGUCAUCAACAUAUGAAACAAAUUAUUCAUAA